AUGAGCGCUUCAAGUCAAUCGACGAUCUUAUAUUUAAAUUUUGUUACACGUGAAUUAAAUCGUUAUAUUCCAUUAGUAUUUCUUGUACUUGGAACUAUUGGUAAUAUAUUAAAUAUUCUGGUUUUUACUCGUCCCGCACUUCGAGCAAAUCCAUGUUCAAUUUAUUUUAUAAGUGGUAGUAUUAUGAAUUUCUUCUCUCUUUAUAUUGGUUUAAUAACACCAUUUCUUGCUUUAUAUAAUCUUGAUCCUACAGUCAUGUUUGAUAGUUUAUGUAGAAUACGUUAUUAUUUACGUUUUUCGACAAUUACACUUUCAACAUGGUUUAUUCUUUUAGCAUGUGUAGAUCGAUAUGUUUCAAGUUCUGCUCAUGUUCAUAUACGAUCAUGGAGUUCAGUACGUGUAGCUAAACGUAUUGUAUUAAUAGCUUGUAUCAUUUGUUUUUCUUUACCUUAUACACAAGUAUUUUUUUGUUAUGUACUUACUCAAAAAAAAGUUUGUACAUAUACAAAUAGUACAUGUAACUUAUUAAAUAAUAUUAUCUUAUUUGUUUGUAAUUCUGGUUUACCUCCAAUAUUAAUGGUAAUAAUAAGUCUAUUAACAAUUCGUAAUGUUAAACAAUCAGCUCGUCUUGCACAUGGUGCACGCCGAGAUGUACAAUUAGUACGAAUAUUAUUUAUACAAGUAUCUGUUUUAGUAUUAUUUGCAAUACCAGUUUUUGCACAAAAAUUAUAUUCAUCUGCAACUAUGUUCACAGCAAAAAGUCCGUUAACAACGGCUAUUGAUAGUCUUGCGAAUCAAAUAUCGAUUGAAAUUUCUUAUAUAAGCAACAGCACAACAUUUUAUGUAUAUUCAAUAACAAGUAAAAAAUAUCGAAAAGAAGUUUCUCAAAUCCUACUUUCAUUUUAUCGAAGUAUUCGUCGAAAUACUGUACAACCUGUUGAAUUACCAAAAACACAUUUAAAUGAACUAACUCUAAAAACUCAUAGAUAUUGA